AUGCUCGCUCCUCUCUCUGCCUCGACCAACAUUCUCCAACAAUAUAGGAAACAUCCAUCUUCAGGUCCGAGGGAGCUUACCCCAGCCAUGGUUCGCUCUAUUGAUGAGGCUGACAAAACUGCAAAACGGGGUAAGAAAGCGGAAACCCAAAAAGAGGCACAAGUUUCCAAACCCACCAAGGCGAAAACCCCUCUGAAGCGAAAGUCUGAUCGGGCUGUUCGCUCCCCUCCCAAACCGAAGAAGCUGAAGAAGCCAGCAAGGAGGCUAAUGGUACUAUCUUUGAGUGACUCCGAUUCAGAGUAUGUUCCUCCCCAACACAAGAUUGCUACCCCAGCAACUCUAGUUCUCUCUCACCCUCCUUCACCUCCACGUGUAACCAUCCCUGUAUCUAUCCCUCCCAUUUUUCCCAUUCCAACCACUCAACCAUUCACUACAAUUUCCAUCCCUACUCCCAUAUUCACAGACACAACCACUACAAUAAUAGCACGACAAGCCAUUGAAGCAGCCAAUGCAUCUCUACAAGCUAACGUCAAUGAUCGUCUCACUCAGCUUGAGGCCGAAUUGGCUGUAGAGAAUCUCAUUAUGGAUGAGCUUGAUAAACACACCUCCCAGCUGAAAAUGCAAAACCUCAAGCUGCGUACUGCCACUACUGAGCUCAAUGAUCUCAAGUCAGAGAAGGAGCCGAAACUAGGGGGAGAAAAGCAAACUCGAGAGAAGCCAACUCAACCUCCUACUGAACCGAAACCAUCAUCUAAACCGAAGGGUAAUGAGGCUUCGGUCAGUCACAAAUGGAAGAAAAAAAAGAAAAUUGGAGAAGAUGACACAGAUGAUGAGGAUGAUGUAUAUGCUGAAAAUCCUAAGAAUCCAUUUUAG